UUGUAACACUAGUACUUGUACUUCAGAAAAUCUCCAUUUUGAGUGCUUAAACCCACACUCGUACAUCAUCCAUACUCGCGGGCAAAGCCAAAACCCCUUUUUCUAUGGCAAUUGCUUUCAAGUCCCAAAUCCCCACCUUCUUUCAAUUGAAGAAGAACACCGAGGCCCAUUCUUUUCUCCGCUUUCCCUCUCAGAGAUUAGCAGUCCCAGUAGGAAGAAGAUUCACUCCAAUGGCUGCCCUCAGCACUGCCCCAACCGUUGGGCUCUCUGAGACUUUCAAAAGGUUGAAAAACCAAGGCAAAGUGGCAUUAAUUCCAUACAUCACUGCUGGUGAUCCUGAUCUUUCAACCACAGCAGAAGCAUUAAAGGUGCUUGACUCCUGUGGAUCAGACAUAAUUGAGCUGGGUGUGCCGUACUCUGAUCCUUUGGCAGAUGGUCCAGUUAUCCAGGCUGCAGCUACACGUUCUUUGGCAAGAGGGACCAAUUUCAAUGCGAUUAUUUCAAUGCUGAAGGAGGUGGUUCCACAAUUAUCUUCUCCAAUUGCAUUAUUUUCAUAUUACAACCCAAUUCUCAAGCGUGGUGUUGAGAAGUUCAUGUUCACUAUAAAAGACGUUGGAGUACAAGGGCUUGUGGUCCCAGAUGUCCCCCUAGAGGAGACUGAAAUUCUGAGAAAGGAAGCAACAAAGAAUGGGAUUGAAUUGGUACUGCUCACGACACCCACUACUCCAAUCGAUCGAAUGAAAGCAAUUGUUGAAGCUGCAGAAGGAUUUGUGUACCUCGUAAGCUCGGUUGGGGUCACUGGUGCCCGUGCAUCCGUGAGUGAUCGGGUUCAAACUCUUCUUCAGGAAAUUAAAGAGGCAACAACCAAGCCUGUAGCAGUUGGCUUUGGCAUAUCGAACCCUGAGCAUGUGAAACAGGUAGCAGGAUGGGGAGCUGAUGGCGUGAUUGUUGGGAGUGCCAUGGUGAAGGUGCUGGCUGAAGCCAAAUCCCCUGAGGAAGGUUUGAAGGAACUGGAAACUUUCACCAAAUCCCUAAAAGCUGCACUUGAUUGAGACAAUUUUUAUGGGAUAUAAUCAAGCCUGUUACUUUUGAUGCCAACUUUGAUAUGCAUUAGAAAAUAAGAGUACAUUGUUUUGCUCAAUAUUUUGACCUGAUUUUCAUGCAAUAAAUAGAUUUUCAUGCUUUUAAA